AUGGUGCAAACAUCCUUCCAAGACUGGGAUGAUAAGCAACUGGUUCAGAUUGCGCAGCUGUUUGAAAGCCAAGGUAUUCGAGUAACCUGGGACUAUGUGGCGAGACGGAUGAAGAAGACGCGUAGAUCAGCGAAGGAGCUCCGCUUGCCGGUUCCCAGGUACGGUCAGCUUUGCUACCCCGAUCUGUUACUCGACGACCACCUCGUACUACUGCUCAACCGUCCAUAA